AUGGCACACUGGUCGCUCAUCAUCUUACUGUUCUCGGAACUCGUCGCUUCAGCUACUUCUGGCUUAACACAAGCCGAUAUAGACCAAUGCCACUCGCUCUUUGCGUAUCAUACGCGACCAGGUGCGGCCCCGGACGUUUCGCAAGCCGGAUGUACCCAAGCGUGUACGGAUAUGGUCAAAGACGCAAAAAAAUAUAUUUUGUGCCAGCCCAGGACCUACACUGCGGGAGAACACAAGUCAAGUGACCCUGCAGGCGUCUGCGGUUGUACUGUGGUCUAUCAGCGUUCAAAUGCAACUACAAAUGGUUGUAACACCGACCAACCGAAUGAUGCGGGGGUGCAGACCUUCCUCAACAAAUUGCGAACAAUAUUUGGAUUCAAAGCAUUUCCACCAAUGUACCCUGUCAAAUGUUACGUGCCUCAUCAUUCCAUCGAGGUCAAUAUCGGCUGA